CGCGACGCGCUUCUCAAUCGCUCGGCGGCUGUUGCCGAAGCUUGGCCUCUGCCAUGUCUAUACACACACUGGGGAUGCACGAUGUGUCUCCCGCCAUGCAGUCCUUGAAAGACCAGCUGGCUAGCAAAGAGAGCCGCAUAGCUGCACAAGACACACAACUACUGAAGCAAAAUGAACGAAUGAGCGAUUUACAACGCAGGCUGGACGAGGCAUUGCAGAACCUUGGGAGGCAGUCCGCCAGGACAGUGAACCUCGAAUCUGCACUGGAUCAACGAACGGGGGAACUCGCCAGGGAACGCUUAGCGCGCGAGAAUGCUCAGGUGGCGCUCGCUCAUGCGCACGAGGACAUCAAGUCCAAGUCGAACGAAGCACGCGAAUUGCAGUCUGCUCUCGACACACUCUCCUGCCGAUCCGACGUUCAUAGCGCCCGAAGCUCCAACCUCGAGAGCGAACUGAAGGCUGCUCAGGCCCGUAUUAAGGCGUUGGAAGCGGAUCUUCGGCACCUGAGCUCGGCGCCGCCACCUCCCGUCACGCCCGGACGCAAGGCUGCUCGUCCCCGCUCCUCCUCCCUCACCAACUUUCGUAUCACAACUCUGGAGCAAGAGCUCCAAGAAGCCAAGAGCACGCUCGAAACGCAAGACGCGGACCUGCGUGUCUUAACCAACAAACUCGCCAAGGCGGAAGCCGACCUCAUAAGGUCGGGCAACGAGCGCAUCGCUAUUUCGCAGCGGCUUCAACAGGAAGUCGCAGAGCUUCAAAGCAAGUUGGACGAUCAACAAGACGAGCUUGACUUCCUUCGAUCGCAGCAGGGCGACGGCGGUCGGGAAGAAGAGCUGCUGAAGCGCAUUGACGAGGACGACGCGAAGAUAGCUACCCUCCAACUGCUCGCCGGCGAUGCUCACGAGAUUCCGAGGCUGAGAGACCAGCUCAAGAUUUUGGAGCGCAAACUCCGCGCCGAGGAGGAACGCAACAUGGACUGCGAGGGUCGUAAUAUCGAGCUCGUCCGGGAGAAAGAGGAGGCCCUGGACGAGCUCGAUGACGUUAAAGACCGUAUUGCUUCGCUGGAGGCGACCAUCAAGGACAAAGACUCACAACUAGCGAUGUUGCAACAAGCACGUAAGACUCGACAGAGUCUCUCCUCCAGUGCCGCAUCUCGGCUCUCUGACGAGACUGCCGCGACUGUCGAGCGAAUGCUUCACGCGAUAGAACGGCUGCGUAACGAGCGAGACAAUUUGCGGCGGGACCUCAACUUUCUCGAGACGGAGACACGGUUCACUAUCGAGGCUCUGGAGGCUCGAUUGCAGAGUCAAGAAGAUACUCCUGAUCAUGGACCGCUCCACGAGGACGUUAGGCGCCUUCGCACCGCGGCCGCGGCCUUCGCCGUCGUCAUAGCCAACCUGUCCGCCGAUGCCAGCGCCUCGACAUCCGAGCUCGAAGCUCUGCAUACCCGACUGCAGGACCGCGAGGAUGCCUAUGCCCGCCUGGAGAUGCAGUACGAGCUCACGCAGCAGUCACUCGAAGAAACGGCAGGUUAUAGGGACAACUUGAUCGUGGAGUUGGAGAACCUGUCCGAUGUCUCUGGACAGCUGAAGGAUGCGCAGGAGCGUAUAUCUCAGGUCACUGGCGAAAAAGCGGACCUCGAGCGGAUUCUCCAAUCGACUGAGGACGAAUGCGCGACGCUCUCAUCCCGGGUGUCCGAGCUCAUGACCGAGCUGGCGGUCGUCGAGCACGCCGACCGCCACGGUUCUUCGCCGUCAGAGGAGGUUCGGGAGGCGCGCGAGGAGAUUUCGCGUCUGGAGCAAGAGGUGCACGAGCUAUCCAAGGCGUUAGAAUCCGUGGAGUCAGAGCGGUCAUCCCUCAGCGUCCAGGUCACCAACCUCACGGCCGAAGUGGAGGAGGCGCAACAAGAGCUUUCUGCCGCAGAGAACCGCUAUAGCGAGCUCCAGUUUCACCAGCUGUCCGACAUGACGCAGAAUGAAGCUACCCUCGCUCUACGCAACCAGAUCCAGGAGCUCGAAGGUCGGGUUAUGCGUCGCACGGAGCAAAUCGGUAUCCAGCAGCACGACAUUCGCAAGCUGGAGACCAACUUGACCCUUCAGGAGGAGCGGAUGGCAGACGUCCUGGCAGAGCUGGAAACUAUGGAGGCGCAGAAGAAUGCUAUGGUGGAGGAUUGCGCUGACGCGCGUGAACAGCGCGACGAAGCUAUCGCGCGUGCGGAGCAGCUCGAAUGCGAUAUGGAGUCUCUGGAGGAGCAACUCGUUUCCCGCGAGGCCGAGGCCGUAGUUCUCGUUGGUCUCAUCGUGCAAGGCAUCAGCCAUCUCCGCCGUAUGCAAUCUGCACCCCCCUCCCGAGGCACUCUGACGGUCACGUAUGACGCACUGGAGGCCGCCCGUGGAACGACCGUCGCUCUCGCCAUCUCUCAGACCUCCUUCCGUCAACAGUCCAGCGUUCUUCGCCGGCUCUACUCCGAUAUCGAGCUCCUGCACCUCAAGGUCGAUGACCUCGAACAGGCGCUGGAGGGGAAGUCGGCCGAGCUGCAGCACCUCCAGGAAACCUCUGAUACCGCUGAUGCGUCAAGCUCCGCGCAGACUUUAGAACUGCAGGCGCAGGUGGCUACGCUGGAACAAACGGUAGCGCAUUUGACAACCUCACAUGCUGCUACGAUAGCGACCCUGCAACAGUCUGAGGCUACUCUACGCCGUCAAGUGGAUGAGCUCCGAGCUUCGGCGUCUGCUAGCGAUGAUCUGCAGGGCCAGCUUGUCCAACUCAAGAUGAAGCAUAUCGAGGAGGUGGGACAACUUAACGCCAAGGUCGUGGAAGAGUCGAGCGCCCGCGAGGAAGCCCUUGCUCGUGUCGACUCGGCGGAACGGCGUGCUACCGAGGCCGAGCAGGCCCAGCGGGAGGCAGAGGAACGUUGGCGAGACCUCUCUGGCCACGAAAGAGAACUCCGGGCUCAAUACGACGCAGCGAAGGAAGGUCUCGUCGACCUGGAGCGCAAGUUCCGUGCAGCAGACGAAGCUGCGCAGGCUGCCCAGCAAAUCGUCGAGAACCUGGAGAACGAACUCGUCCGGACUCGUAACGAUCACCGAGAGACGGUAGAGCAGCAAGAACGUGCCGUUGCGCAGGUGCGCAUGCAGCUUGAACAGAGCUUGCAGGCUGCCCUCCGAGACACGGAUGACGCACGGCAAUUGCUGUCCGAGGAAUGCGACAGGCGAACGCAGGCGGAGGAGACCGUUGAGAGCCUUCGACGGCAACUAGCCGAUGACACGGAGCAGUGGAAGGUCGAACAGGAGCAGUCAGCACGCGAGCAAAAGGAACUCGCGGACGAGCUUACGCAAGUUAGGACUGAGCUUGCGACUUCGCGCCAGGAAAUUUUGGCUUUGCAGCAGUCGAAGGAGGAGCUCGAGUUCUCCAUGUCCGACUUGGAGGCCGAGGUGCAGCGAUCGAUAUCUCUGAACAGGUAUCUCGAGGGACAAAUGACGGACCAUGACCGCAAGCUUGAUAGCCACCGACGUGAGCUUGACUCAGUGCGAGCUGCUCUUGCCGAGAAGACGAGUGAGCUCAGCAAAGUCAACAUCGAUUUGAACCUGGAGCGCGCCGGUUACCAGCGCGAGGUUGCCAGCUUGAAAGCGGAGGUGGAUGUCUUGCGGUCCAAGCCGGAUAUGGAGACUGCCCUCGCCGAAUUGGAGGAGCGCAAUACCGAGAUGGAGGAGAUGUUGCGACAGAAGUGCGCAGAGAUCGAGAAUAACGACGAUCGUGUUCUUGAGAUGAUGAAAGAGAACAAGAAGUUGACAGCAAAGGUCGAAUCCCUGUCGCGCAAGGUUCAGAAUCUACAGGCUAAGCUGGCGGCUGCGAAGGCCGUCAAGCAAGCCACAGAAGUAGCAUCAGAUGCUCCCUCUGCUCCAGCUGCGCCGCCCGCAUCGUCACGCUCAUCGUCCAUCUCGCCUCAUCCAACAGCGCCACUACCACGCUCCCUAAACUCGUCAUCUUCUUCGAGCCUGACGCAUCGACCGCUCUCAGGAACGAUCGCUGGCACAACGCAUCCUCCACCCCCAGCUGUCUCCCGUUCCCGCACUUCCACGAGCACGUCUCCGGAUACAUUACCUACGGUCCGAGCCCAGACGUCGAGGGCUACAUCUCAGCCGCCAGUCUACUCCCGACCCAAGACCCCCGAGCACCGCGCGACUGUCUUCCGCACACAAGCUCGAACGCCAGAGCCACGACCGCUUCCGGACUCAGUUCCAGUAUCGACAUCGCAUGCAAAGAAACGUGGUGUGCCCGAUGACUUCGAGAGCCACGAGUCGCACGUUCCGAGGGCAGUCGUCGCUGAGGGGGCAGCCAUGACGAACGUCUCGGAAGAACGUCCAAUUCGUCGUAUACCGAGCCAGAAUAGCUUCACCCCCGUGCGGCACCAAAGCUCGCGGCCGAUGAUAACGCUGUCCCCCAAGAAGACCGCAGAGAAACUCGGCGCCUAUAUUGCGGAUGUCACGAAUACCAGUCCGAAUCGUCGUGCGCGGAAUGUGACGGCGCCCGCCCAACCGACCUUCGAGACUACAGAGAGGCCGGUGAAGAGGGGAUGGUUAGGCAAGAUGCGAGGCACGACACCAGCGACUCGGCGUCCCUACGAUGCGUUAUGAACGUGAUGAACUUCAUAUCUUUUUAUUGACAUGCUUACCACGCUCGUACUGCUAUCUGUGUAUCUCACUAGUGAUCGCUUUCCUUCCUUCGUCGCAAUGAUAUGUAAAGCCGUGGCACAACACACAUGGGAUUUAGUUCAAGUUCGGUUUUGCUCCAGUC